AUGUCUUCUGCUAUCCAGUUAUUGAACCCAAAGGCAGAAUCGAUCAGAAGAGCACAGGCUCUUCAAGUCAACAUCAGUGCUGCAAUUGGACUACAAGAUGUUUUGAGCUCCAACUUGGGACCUAAGGGUACCUUGAAGAUGUUGGUGGACGGUGCAGGAGGAAUCAAGAUUACCAAGGAUGGUAAGGUCUUGCUAACUGAAAUGCAAAUCCAAUCGCCAACAGCCAUCAUGAUUGCAAGAGCAGCCACGGCGCAAGAUGAGAUAACUGGUGAUGGUACCACCACCGUGUGUUUGUUGGUUGGUGAGCUUUUGAGACAAGCGCAGAUUUUUCUCAACGAAGGCAUACAUCCAAGAGUCUUGGCAGAUGGUUUCGAAAAGGGUAGAGAAGCUUCGUUGGAAUUUUUGAACAACUUCAUAAUCGACAAGAAGGAUAACAUACUAGACAGGGAAUUGUUGUUACAAGUUGCCAGAUCAAGUUUGAGCACUAAGGUCACUCCCGAAGUAGCAGAAGUCUUGACACCAAUAGUUACCGAUUGUGUCUUGAAUGUCUUGGACGAAUCCAACCCAGCACAGAUUGACUUACACAUGAUUGAAAUCAUGUCGAUGAUGCACGAGACAGCAUCAGACACAGAAUUCAUUAAAGGUUUGGUUUUGGAUCACGGUGCUAGACAUCCAGAUAUGCCAAAGAGAGUUAAAAAUGCACACAUUCUUAUCUUGAAUGUUUCGUUGGAAUAUGAGAAGACUGAAGUCAACUCUGGUUUCUACUACUCCAAUGCCGAACAGAGAGAAAAAUUAAUCCAAAGUGAAAGAAAAUUCAUCGAUGAGAAGUUGAAGAAAAUUGUCGAUUUGAAGAACACUGUCGUUGGAAACGAUCCUAACUCCGGAUUUGUUAUAAUAAAUCAAAAGGGUAUUGAUCCUAUGUCAUUGGAUGUGUUGGCCAAGAACGGUAUCUUGGCUUUGAGAAGGGCAAAGAGAAGAAACAUGGAAAGGCUACAGUUAGUUUGCGGCGGUGAGGCACAGAACUCCGUUGACGACCUAACGCCUGAAGUUCUAGGGUUCUCAGGUAUGGUCUUUGAGCAAUCCAUUGGAGAGGAGAAAUUCACAUAUGUCACAGAGAACAACAAUCCAAAAUCGUGUACGAUAUUGAUCAAGGGAGCGCAUGGUUAUGUUAUCCAGCAGACGAAGGAUGCUGUGAGAGAUGGCUUGAGGGCUGUCAGCAACGCAAUCAAGGAUGGCUGCUUAGUGCCUGGUGCUGGUGCGUUCUACCUCUCGUGCGCCAAGCAUUUGGUUGAGAACAAAAGUAUAAACAAGGGCAAGAACAAACCUGGUAUCAAGGCGUUCAGCGAUGCCUUGUUAGUUAUCCCUAAGACAUUGUGCAAGAACUCCGGACUAGACACGUUGGAUGCGAUUGCUGAGGCCCAGGAUGAGAUCGACGAAGGACAGGUUGUUGGAAUUGACCUCAACUCGGGUGAGCCAUUGGACCCUACCAUCGACGGAAUCUGGGACUCUUUCCGUGUUUUGAGGAACGCCAUUUCAAGUGCUACCGGUAUUGCGUCCAACCUGCUACUCUGUGACGAGUUGUUGAAGGCUGGUAAGUCUUCAUUGAAGGAACAACCUUCUCAUUGA